AUGUCCGGCGGAGAGAAGAGAGCGAGGGAGGAGGUGGAGGCGUUGCUGGCGCAGACGAAGCUGAAGGAUGGGGUGAAGAACAAGAUCAGGGCCAUCGCCAACAACACGUGUGGGGACAAUGUGGGCUUGAAUAAUGCUCGCCUCGGCGUCAUUGGGGCGCGUGCGGUGGCCGAGGCGCUCAAGGACAACACCUGCCUCAAACGACUCUACCUGCACAACAAUUCCAUCGGCCCUGAGGGCGCCGUGGCGUUGGCGGAGAUGCUGAAGCACAACACGGCCCUCACAUGGCUCAGCCUGGGAGACAACUCCAUCGGCGGCCAGGGCGCUGUGGUGUUGGCGGAGAUGCUGAAGCACAACACGGCCCUCACAUGGCUCAGCCUGUACAACAACUCCAUCGGCGAUGAGGGCGCCGUGGCGUUGGCGGAGAUGCUGGAGCACAACACGACCCUCGAAACACUCGACCUGUGGGACAAUUCCAUCGGCGAUGAGGGCGCCGUGGCGUUGGCGGAGAUGCUGAAGCACAACACGACCCUCGAAAAACUCAACCUGUGGGACAAUUCCAUCGGCGAUGAGGGCGCCGUGGCGUUGGCGAAGGUGCUGAAGCACAACACGACCCUCGAAAUACUCAACUUGACCAAGAACUCCAUCACCCCGGUUGGCGGUGCGGCGCUGGGUGCCGCACUGGACCAGAACCGCACGCUGAAGAAGCUUAACAUCGAGAGGAACUCCACCGCCACUGCCCGCGCCUUUGGUGCCGCGCUGCCCGUCGACCGAGAACUCAUCACAGGGGAUUGGUUUGGCGACGAUGAGGGCAACGCCGCCUUCGACGAAGCACGCAAGGAGAAGAAACGACGACACCAUGAGCAACUGUUUGCUGCCUGCAGGGAUGGCGACGCUCCAGCUGUCACGUCCCUCAUCGAGCAGGACAAUGCAGACAUCAACCAACAGGACAAGCAGGGCGACACGCCACUGCACGUUGCCUGCAGGCACAACCAGCCAGCCAUUGUGAAGCUGCUCGUCGAGAAGGGCGCAGACACUUCCGUCAAGAAUAAGAAGGGAGAGAGGCCCUAUGAUGUGGCACAGGCCGGCCACGCUGCCAUCACCAGCAUCCAAGGGCUGAAGCCAGGCGGCAAGCCUUCGGAGCAACCACAGCAGCAACAACCAAAACAAGAGCCACCUGCGCCCACUCCUGCCGCCGGACCGAAGCAAGAAGAACAAGCAGCGCAAGACCAGCAGCAGCCCGAGCAGGCGCGCAGGGAGCGUCUCCAGCAGCGCAUGCGGGGGGUCAUAGCACGCUUCAACGCGACCAUGGCGGGCAGGGCCAAACUCAUCUUCAUUGGUCAGGGGCGCGCCGGCAAGACUUCCACGUUCCACUCACUCAUGGGUCACAUGUUCAACAAGCACGAGCACUCCACGCAUGGCGCCGCCUCAACCGACCUCGCCGUCAUUGUCGAAUCAAUGGACGUUCACGACUGGCAGGAGCUGGAUGCGGAAAUCUCUGAGUUGAUGCGCAGUCUCUGCGGCACAGCGCUGGCGCAGGAAUCUGGCGUGGACUUGCAGAUGAAGCAGGCGAUGAUGAAGGCGAAGGCCGACUUGGAGAGCCGCGUUGCCCAACACCAACAGCAACAGCGGCAACAAGAAGCCGAGAAGGCAGAGAAGGCGACGGGUUCAAAGUCGAAGAAGGAGCAGUUACAGAAUUCAAAGGAGACGCGGUCACGGCCAUCCUCCCGCACGUCGACAUCGACGGUCCCAAAGCCCAGCAAGGCAUCUCAUGACUCAGCAUCUGCGCCCACGAAGCAGGCCACCCUAAACCCUUCCAGCCAAAGUGAUGCUGCUGCGCGUGACAACAGCAGCAGCACCACGCCCGGCAUGUCUGCUGAGGAAAUGGAGAAAGCGAUCAAGGAAUUCAACGUGGACGCCGUCAUGGGCGAGGGCAAAGCGCGGGUCACGUUCAAGAUCUUUGACCUGGGUGGCCAGUCCACCUUCUACAUCUUCCACCCUUUCUUCCUCACAAAGUACGCGGUGUACCUGCUGGUGUUCUCGAUGGAGGACCUGCUGCACCAAGACGAGAGCAAGCGGACAGAGGCGUGGGAAUUUAUGGAGCACUGGCUCUCCUCCCUCCACCUCCACGCCAAGGGCGCACCCGUCCUCAUCGUCGGCACCUUCGCUGAUGUGGUCAGCAAGCGGAAGCAACAUGAGCAGAUCUCACGUGACAUUUACAGUCGCCUGCGCCACAAUCCCGCCUUCCCUGGCGUCAUCCACAACGACAAGCACGGCCUGUGGUUCUGGCCCGUUGACAACACCAAGUCCAUCCACGACUCCAUGAUCCAGGACCUGCGCCAAACCAUCUCCUCCACAGCACUGGCGCAGGAAUACGUGAGUCAGGAGGUCGCUGUGCCAUACCUCCACCUCUACGACAAGCUCAACGCCAUUGCCCGCGACGAGGAGCGGCCGCUGCUCGCGUUUGACAAGGUGGUGGCGAUUGCACGCACAUGUGGGCUGCGUACACGUGAGGAGACGAGGGCGUGCCUCCAGUUCCUGCACCUGUACUCGAUGGCGUUGUACUACGACCACGUGCCUGGCAUGGAGGAUUUCGUGAUCCUGAGUCCACAGUGGGCUGUGGACACGAUGACGCGCGUUAUCCGUAACUUUGACCUGCAUCACGAUGUGCGUGAUGGCGAGGCGAGGGCCGUUGGCGCGCAGCUGUGGGACGACCUCGUUGACCGCGGCAUCCUGCACCGUCACCUGCUCGACGUGUUGUGGAACGGCGUGGACAACAACUUGGUGAUGCCGUUCCUGCACCUGAUGAUGCAAUACGGGCUGUGCAUUGAGUAUUCCCCACCCAAGCUGGUCGACAGCCGCACGGCACUUGCCCGCACCAACUCCGGCCACGGUGACAACGAUGCGAGCGAGAGUGAUGAACAACAACAACAACACAAGCACCAGCAGUACCUGGUUCCAGCCAUUCUGCCGAUGACCAUCUGCCACAGCAGCAGCACGAUGGCAUCCGUGUCGCUGAGCACGACAGCAGCGCAGCGAAUCAACCCAUAUCUUGGGUACGAGGAGAAGACCGCAUUUGUUGCCUUCAGCCUGAAGCAAUUCAAGCGAAGUGCGAGCGUGCAAGUUGAAAAUGCACAGCACGCAUCGUUCCUGCCCGAGGGGCUGUUUACAAUCGUGUUGGCUCAUGUGCUGGCGCAUGCACAGCACGGCGCAUCGCAGGAACCCAAGCUGAGCCGCACCCAUGCCAUCUGCUUCAUGGAGUCGACUAAGCUUGAACUGCAGCUUGUGCCGGCUGUUGGCGGCAUCAAGAUGAAGAUCACGAGUGCGCAGCCACGCGCCAUGCUGCACAUGCUGCACACCAUGAUCAGCGAGGCCGCCAGAGAGCAUUACCCAAGCCUGAUGAGCAGCCUCCUGCUGCCAUUUGACGACAAGACGCUGCUGUUCUUUGAGGAUGUGCUGCACCACCACAAGAGCAAGCAGGACAUGUGGGUAGACGAACAGCUGCUGUCACCCGAUGACCUGAUCGCCAAGUAUGGCCGUCUCUUGCCCGUUCUCGGCCUGCAGGACAAGUACGACGUCUUCAUCAGCUACAGGCAACGCGCCAGCAGUGGGCUGGUGAUGGCGCUGCAUCCGCGCUUGGAGCAGCGCAACCUGGUCGCGUUUCUGGACGCCAACAACCUGGAGACGGGCCUCAACUUCAAGCUGUCGUUCAUGACGGCGAUUGGGCUGAGCCUGGUGGCCUGCCCCAUCGUCUCUGCUGCCACCAUCAUGCAGAUGAGGCAGCUGCAGCACAGCGACUACUGCGACAACGUGCUGCUGGAGUGGAUGACGAUGCUGGCGCUGCGCGAGUACCAACGGGCGCACGAGGAAGAUGAGGAGCAGCAACACGCCAAGAUCCGCCUUCGCCGCGUCGUGCCCGUGAUUGUUGGCAGCGCGUGGCACAAUGUGAACGACAGCAGCAUGAGCAAGGCUGAGGUGAGCGAGUACGACUCGUUUGACCGACUGAAGCGGCUGGCAAUGAAGUUGCCGGAUGCUGUGAGCAAAGAGACGGCAGCCGCGCUCGAUCAGUACUUUUCACAGGUGCUGCGCCUGCCACCACCCCAGCAACACAAAACCGUGCGUGAGAUUGUGCUGUCGCUCUUUGACAUUGACGCCGUGGUUGCAUUGGACGCCGCUGUGGACCGCACGUCGCAGCUGCGCGACAUCGCGGAGAAGGUGCGCCAGGUCGUCGCUUCUGCCAGGAGUGCAGAACAAGCAACGCAGGGGCCAGCAACAACUGCACGUCGUUCCACGCAAGUGCAAUCCUCGUUGUCGCUCUCGUCCACCUCCGCGACAACUCCUGUUACACCACCACCUGCCACCCCAUCUUCCUCCUCCCCCUCCUCAUCGCCAUUCGAGCCAGAGCUCAUUCAAUGGCUCAACCGCCACUCGCUGCUGUCGCACGUCGAGUCGGCGCUGAUAGAGCACGGCAUUGACUCGUUGGAAGUGCUGGUGGCUCUCGUACAUGAGGGCGACUUGACAAAGCAGACGCUUCGGUCCUCCGGUGUGUCAAUGGGUCCCGCCAUGAAGCUGGUGCGAGAGGCAAAGAAGUACAAGGUGGACGUAAGCUCAGCGUAGCGCUUGGCCACUUGACCCAUGGCAUCUCCUUUCUCUUCCUUUCACCACCGUCCAUUUUGUGGCUUCUGUUCUCUCCUCCAGUCCUGUCAUUGUGGUGCUGUUGUUACAUUGCGCUCAUUACCCACUGUUCUGUUCACACGCACGCCAGUUGUGGUUUCCUCGUUGCUGCUCCCUUGUUUUCGCUCCCCCCUUGUUGCUGUUGUUGUGUAUGACGCAUGUGUGCAUAGGUCUACCCUUUGUGGUAUGACUCUGCUUGGUUUCAUGAUACACGCGUAUGCAGCCGGUG